AUGAAGAAAGAGAAUCACACUUUGGUGAAUGAGUUUGUCUUUCAGGGUUUCUCCAGCUUCCAUGAGCACCAGUUCACCCUCUUUGCUGUGUUCCUUGCACUAUACAUAUUAACCCUGGCAGGGAAUGUCAUCAUCGUAACCAUCAUUGGCCUUGAUCGUCAUCUCCACACUCCCAUGUACUUCUUCCUGAGCAUGCUGUCAGCUUCAGAGACUGUAUACACACUUGUCAUUAUCCCAAGGAUGCUCUCUAAUCUCAUAGGCCUAAAUCAGGCCAUUUCUUUAGCAGGCUGUGCCACUCAGAUGUUCUUCUUCAUUACUCUGGCCAUCAACAAUUGCUUUCUGCUCACAGCCAUGGGGUAUGAUCGCUAUGUGGCUAUUUGCAAUCCCUUGAGGUACUCAGUCAUCAUGAACAAGAGUAAGUGCAUUCAGCUUGUGUGGGGGUCCUGCAGCACUGGUCUAACUGUAGCAGUGACACAGGUGUCUGCCGUGUUCAGACUGCCCUUUUGUGCCAGUGAAGUGGCCCACUUCUUCUGCGACAUACGACCUGUGAUGAACCUCUCCUGCAUUGACACUACUGUCAAUGAGAUCUUGACUCUGAUCAUCAGUAUUCUGGUGAUCCUAAUUCCUAUGGGUUUGAUUUUCAUUUCCUAUAUCCUCAUCAUCUCCACUAUCCUCAGGAUUGCUUCUGCUGAGGGCCGGAAGAAGGCUUUUGCCACCUGUGCUUCCCAUAUCACAGUGGUUAUUGUCCACUAUGGCUGCGCCUCCAUUGCCUACCUAAAGCCCAAGUCAGAGAACACCAAGGAUGAGGAUCAGCUGAUCUCUGUGACCUACACUGUUAUCACCCCGCUACUGAACCCUGUGGUGUAUACCCUGAGGAACAAAGAGGUCAAAGAUGCUCUGUACAGGGCUAUUGGCAGAAAACUGUCUUGA